CAAAAUUGCCAAGGAUUUUGCUCUUAUUAACGUCUUUAUAUUUGUAAACAAAAACAAACGUAGCAAGAUGUUCAAACCUCGGUUAAGAUAUGAUAAAGCCUUUUUAAAAAGACUGAAUUGCAGUCAUGCUGUAUCAGCUGCUGUGACUCCUUUGAAGAAAAUUCUUAUUGCGAAUAGAGGAGAAAUUUCUUGCCGCAUAAUCAGAAGUGCGAAAAAGUUAGGAAUACAAACCGUAGCUGUAUACAGUGAAGUUGAUAGAAAUGCGCUGCAUGUGUCAAUGGCAGAUGAGGCAUACUGCUUAGGCCCUGCUGCAAGCAAAGAAAGCUAUUUAAACCAAUCAAAAAUCAUCUCUUUUGCUAAGGAAACUAACUCUCAAGCUGUACAUCCAGGGUAUGGAUUUCUCUCAGAAAAUGCUGAAUUUGCUGAUCGGUGUCAAAAAGCUGGCAUAAUAUUUAUUGGACCUCCUGCAUCAGCUAUAAGGGACAUGGGGAUCAAAAGCACUUCAAAGUUUGUGAUGUCUCAAGCUGGUGUACCCAUCAUCCAUGGUUAUCAUGGAGAAGACCAGUCAAAUGCUCGACUGAAAGAAGAAGCCAAAAACAUUGGCUUCCCUGUCAUGCUUAAAGCGGUUAGAGGUGGCGGUGGAAAGGGAAUGCGUGUUGCAAUGUCUGAAGAAGAAUUUGACUCACAGUUAGAAUCUGCUAAAAAUGAGGCCCUAAAAUCAUUUGGCGAUGAUGGAAUGUUAGUGGAAAAGUUUGUUGAAAAGCCUAGACAUGUUGAAGUGCAGGUAUUUGGGGACAUGCAUGGCAACUAUGUUUAUCUAUUUGAAAGAGAUUGCAGUGUGCAACGAAGACAUCAAAAAAUUAUUGAAGAAGCUCCCGCUCCAGGUUUAGAUGAAGAGACCCGAAAAUCAAUUGGUGAAGCUGCUGUUAGGGCAGCAAAAGCUGUAAACUAUGUUGGAGCAGGUACUGUAGAGUUCAUCAUGGAUGAACAGAAAAACUUUUAUUUCAUGGAAAUGAAUACUCGGCUGCAAGUUGAGCACCCUGUGACAGAAAUGAUAACUGGUACCGACUUGGUAGAGUGGCAAUUACAGGUUGCAUCUGGAGAGAAACUUCCUCUUUCUCAAGAAGAGUUGAAGUUGAACGGCCACUCUUUUGAGGCUCGUAUCUAUGCAGAAGAUCCUGAAAAUAACUUUAUGCCUGGUGCUGGUCCACUCUUGAAUUUAUUUGUUCCUCAAUCAAAUAAUAAUGUCAGAAUUGAAACAGGUGUUCGUCCAGGCGAUGAAGUUUCUGUACACUAUGAUCCUAUGAUUGCUAAAUUGGUAGUAUGGGGGAAGGACAGAAAAUCUGCUUUGAUGAAACUAAGUAAUUGCUUGGCAGAUUACAAUGUCAUGGGAGUAAAGACAAAUGUAAACUUCCUCCUUAGCCUCUCAAACCAUCCAACAUUCUUACUGGGAGAUGUUCACACAAACUUCAUUGCCCAACAUGAGCAAGAAUUGUUCCCAGAACUUCUUCCUUCUCACCAAGAUGUUUGUGCAGCUGUCCUUGGGAUCAUCCUAAAUGAAAAGAGACAAGGAAUUUCCAGAACAAAUGUAUCAGACACAAGUUCUCCUUUUCUUCUUCUGGAUGGAACUGUUCCUAACCUUUGUUAUAAGAGGAAAAUGAAGCUCCUUUUCAAAAAUACAGAUUUUUCUGUCGAUGUCCAAUAUGAAGAUGAUGGAGGUUACAUUUUUCAAAUUGGUACCCAAAAAUAUUUGGUUUCUGGUUCCCAUUCUAUAGAUGAUCCUACAAUUUUAAACUGCUCUGUGAACGAUAAAACAUUUACUGUACGAACCCUUUUAAAUGAAGGGGAAGUACAUUUGUUUACGAAAACUUUUAGCUAUGAAUUCAGUCUGCCUCUGCCAAAGUUUGUAACAGCUUCUUCUUCAGACACCAGUAGCCGAGGAGCAGUUGCUCCUAUGCCCGGCAUGAUUGACAAAAUCAGCGUAAACCUGGGAGACCAUGUGAAAAAAGGACAGCCUCUUGUAGUUAUGACUGCAAUGAAAAUGGAGUAUGUCAUAAAAGCACAUUGUGAUGGAACAGUUGAGAAAAUAUUUCACAAAACUGGGGAAAGUGUGACCAAAAAUGAACAGCUCCUGCAUAUCAAAGAAGAUUCUUAAAAGAAAUUCAUAUUCUGUUUGCCCAAUCACGAACAGAUUAUAUAUGUUUAUAAAAUAUAAAGAUGAUAUUUGUAAUUUUUUUUAUGGUUUAUGUUUCAUUAAAUAUUUUUGUAUAAAAUGUAAA